UAGUAGAUCAGGAAAUUCUCGAAGGCCAUGCAGCGACACUAUUUCAGAAAUGGGUUCUCUAUCCAGGGCACUGUCACCUGCACCCUCCAAACAAGUAUCACGCUGCCAAAGCUUUGCAGAACGGCCUCAUGCCCAGCCACUACCCCUCCCUAGGGUGCAACUUUCUAACAUUGGACGUACCGACUCUGGCAUCAGUGCAUCCUCAAAACCAGGAUCUGACAGAGGGUCCAAUCAAUUGUUCUAUUUGCCCCUUCCAAGACCUGAAUGUGUCUCAAGCAGGGAAGAUCCUACUGAUGCUGAAGGAGACAUAGCUACUGCUUCCAUAUCUUGUGAUAGCUCUACUGAUAGUGAUGAUCCGAUUGACUCACGUCUGCUAAGUCCCAUGGGAUCUGACUAUGAAAAUGGAAACAGAACAACUUUGAACAGCCCUACCAGUGUAAUGCAAAAGGAUCAAUUCCCUACCGUCGACCAAAAGAACUCAAAAGAGACUGUGAAGCCGGAUAAUCUUCUGUUCAAUACUCAGAUUCUGUCUCCAUCACCUAAACGGAGACCAUCAAGCACGCAUAUGCAGAAUAUACAAAUCCCUUACCAUGGUGCUUUCUUUAGUGCUCCAGACAGCUCACUGUCAAGUCCUUCUAGGAGUCCUAUGAGAGCAUUUGGCUCUGAGCAAGUUAGGAACUCCAAUUUCUGGGCAGGGAAGCCUUAUCCAGAAAUAGCUUCUGCUCACAGCUCUAGUCCAGGUUCAGGUCAAAAUUCUGGGCAUAAUUCAGUCGGAGGGGAUCUGUCAGGACAGUUGUUUUGGCAGCACAAUAGGUGUAGCCCUGAAUGUUCUCCAAUACCUAGUCCUAGAUUGACCAGUCCUGGCCCCAGCUCCAGAAUACAAAGUGGUGCUGUUACCCCUCUGCAUCCACGAGCUGGAGGGCUGGCUGCAGAGUCGCCUACAAACCGGCCUGACGAUGGGAAGCAGAAAAGCCACCGGUUGCCCCUUCCUCCAAUAACAAUAACUAAUACCUGUCCUUUUUCUCCCGCAUAUUCAGCUGCAACGACUCCCACGGUUCCACGUAGCCCUAAUAGAGCAGAGAAUCCAGCAAGUCCUGGUUCACGUUGGAAGAAGGGUCGCCUGCUUGGGAGGGGCACAUUUGGACAUGUAUAUCUUGGUUUUAACAGUGAAAGCGGUGAGAUGUGUGCAAUGAAGGAGGUAACUCUGUUUGCAGAUGAUGCAAAAUCAAAGGAAAGUGCACAGCAACUGGGGCAAGAAAUUGCUUUGCUAAGUCGCUUACGGCAUCCAAAUAUAGUACAGUAUUAUGGAUCUGAGACAGUAGAUGACAAACUUUACAUAUACUUGGAGUAUAUGUCUGGUGGAUCCAUUUAUAAACUGCUUCAAGAGUAUGGUCAGUUUGGUGAAAUAGCUAUUCGUAGUUAUACUCAACAAAUCUUGUCAGGGCUUGCAUACUUACAUGCCAAAAACACUGUCCACCGGGAUAUCAAAGGAGCAAAUAUAUUAGUAGAUCCCAAUGGUCGGGUAAAAUUGGCAGAUUUUGGGAUGGCUAAGCAUAUAACUGGGCAGUCUUGUCCAUUGUCGUUCAAGGGAAGCCCAUAUUGGAUGGCACCCGAGGUUAUCAAGAAUUCGAAUGGUUGUAAUCUUGCGGUUGAUGUAUGGAGCCUUGGUUGCACUGUUCUUGAGAUGGCCACGACGAAACCACCUUGGAGUCAAUAUGAAGGGGUUGCUGCUAUGUUUAAGAUUGGAAACAGUAAGGAACUUCCUGGAAUUCCUGAUCAUCUGUCAGAUGAUGGGAAGGACUUUAUUAGGCUGUGUUUGCAACGUAACCCACUGAAUCGUCCUACAGCUGCUCAGCUUUUGGAGCAUCCUUUUGUUAAAAAUGUUGCUCCAUUGGAAAGAACCAUUUUGAGUGCAGAACCUUCCGAAGGACCUCCUGCAGUGAGAUCUAUGGCCUUUGGACACGGGAGAAAUCAUUCUAACUUGGACUCAGAAGGAAUGGGCAUACAUCAGUCCAGAGGCUCAAAAACUGCCUCGGCAUCAAGUGAUGCCCAUACACCAAGAAACGUAUCGUGCCCUGUUUCUCCUAUUGGAAGUCCGCUUCUACAUUCUAGAUCACCACAACAUUUCAGCGGAAGGAUGUCUCCCUCUCCCAUAUCUAGCCCUCGUACCACAUCUGGCUCAUCUACACCUCUCACUGGUGGCAGCGGUGCAAUUCCUUCUCAACACUUGAAGCAGCCAACAACCUACUUACAUGAAGGCAUGGGGAAGAGCCAUAGAUCUCAGAACUGUAGUUUCUAUACAAAUGGCAGCAUUCCAUACCAUGAGCCAAAGCCAGACCUAUUUCGAGGGAUUCCACAAGCCUCUCAUGCUUUCUUGGAUAUAAUUUCAUCUGAUAAUGGUGCACUGGGAGACCAGAUAGGGAAUCCUGUUCCCAGGGACCCCCAGGAGUUAUUUGAUGUGCAGUCGAUUUUGGCUGAUUGCGUGUCUCAACAGCUCUUAAGGGAUCAUUUAAAGCUGAAUCCUUCCAUGGACCUUAAUCUUCGCUAGUGGUUUAUCAAAGCAGUUAUAUAGAAUGGGUGCAUGAUCUCUGGCGUAUUGGCAUUGCUGAAAAGUCCAUUUUGUACUGUAAGAAUCAACAACUUGACAAAUGAUGCUUUUGGAUCUUCUGAUACCCUGAUUGCCAGAAGAGAAACAUGAUAUGAAAGGCCUCAAUGCUCAGUCAUGUUCCAGUGGUAAGCAGUACUUUGGCAGAAGAGGCUUCUUAAGCUAUAUUGUCCUAUGGUAGUGGUUGAACCGUUGAAGUCUUCCCUUUGCGGGAGUCGAAGGCGGUCAUUGGAGAUCCAGCUUUUGUUAAUUCCUUGUAAAGAUAACGAUUCUGCUGCUGUAAAAAAAGUGUACAUUUUGUUGCUCCUUGGGGAAAAAGAAAAAGAAAAAAGGAAAAAGAGGCUCUCAGAUGCCGUAUUUGAACUCGACCAUUUUUUGGUUAUUUUGUUUUUCCGGGAGAAAAGAGGGUGGUUGAGAUGGCACAAAUUAUUGUACAGUGGGGGUUGGGAAUUAAAUUGGAGUUGAGAUUUUGUGAAGAUUGUUGUUGAACCUGUAUCAGUUUAUGGCAUUGGCACCUCAGUCCGGUUCUUAAGAUGGGAUGGGCUGUGCGGCCUUAUACUGUUGCAUCUGAA